AUGACGCCUCAAGUCGCAGUGCGUCCGGCCUUGUCGCCUUGCCCGCAAGGCGGGAAGGUUAAGAACAAGCGUGCCAGCGCGCCCAAAGUCAAGACAGGGUGCCGAAGCUGCAAAGCGUCACAUAUCAAGUGUGAUGAGCAGAAGCCGACAUGUGGUCGCUGCGAUCGUCGCGAGAUCGCAUGCAUCUACCCACUGCUAUAUUCCCGAAGAGACGGCAUAGCAGUCGGGAGCCAACGGCCACUCCAAGCUAUCCUACCCGCGCAGCACAAUAUCCAACUCGUGCGAUACAGGGAACCGUCUGUCACUUGCUUGACGCCUCGCGAGGCACAGUACUAUGACAACUUUCGACACCGCGUCAUUUGCCACCUCGCACACGGAGAGAGCGACUUUUGGCAUCGUACAGUAUUGCGCGAAAGCAUCCACGAUGAGUGUGUUCGAAGCGCAGUCAUAGCCCUCGGUGCCCUCGCUCGUGCUCAGGAGCACCAUGUGAGCCACAACACGCCCCGAGAGGUCUCCCGGCUACCUCUGCAAAAGAUUCGCUUGGAGACCAUUGAGAACCGCUCCUUGGGUCCAAACCACUACUAUCAUGCCCUUUCUCACUACACAGACGCCCUUGGAAUAUUUCGCAGGCGGUUGACUUCGCCGGAAAAGCACACACCGCGGGCCAUAUUGAUUGCCACGACCCUCCUGGCAUCUUUCGAGUUCCUACAGGGCAACACCAGCUCCUUAGAUCAGCUGGCAGCCUACACUCUAUCGUUACUAAGCGGGAAGCUCAUGCAGGGAAUUUUCGGCACACGAACGCUGUCGGAUUCCGCGAUAGCUGCGCAAACCGACGAUGACGGUGUCCGCGAGGCCGAAGCCGUUCUCGUCCGUAUUUGCCUCUUCAACGCAGCCUUCUCGCCACUAUAUCCCAAGAUCAGGCAAGCAGUGUCACAACUCCCUGUGCCCUCCUUUUCCGAGCCGCACCCGCCAGACCUGGGGACUCCAUGUGACGUGUUUGCGCGGCUGAGUCUCGAGUACCUCACGCUCGUAAGUGUCUGGCACUUUCGCGUGUUGACCGGCGUGCGGAUGGACCCAGGAAAGAGCCAUUCUGUCCAUUACGACCACGAUGCUAUCCACGCGCUAGCGACACCCGAGGUCUGGUGGACCAGACACUUCGAAGAACAAGCCGAGAUCAUGCUACUGCUCGAGGAAUGGCGGGCAGCCUUUACCCAGCGCUUGGCACUCCAGCCACUGACCGACAGCGACCGCCAGACUUGCAACCGGAUCCUGAGCGCCAUCAACACGUGCCUCUACACAGUCUCCACCGUCUUUGACUUCUCUACGGGCACGUGGGACUUCAACGAGGCGGCCACGGGCGAGCUCCUGGCGCAGACGGAAGCCGUCUGUGCCUCGUUCGCCGCCUGCUCCGAGGGCAACUUCGACGCCAUCCGCAUGACAUCGGGCCGGUUCCAGCCACCCCAUGGCGCGCCUGCGGGCCUCCAAGACCAGUCCAGGAUCGCGGGCGGGAGCAUCUACGUGGUCGCGACAAUCGCCCAGGAUUGUCGGCACCGCACACUGCGCCGCCGGGCGCUGGACCUGUUUACGCUAAUGGUCACGACCAGUUCUCACUGGGAGAUACGGGCGCACUAUCUGGGCAUCAAGGCCUUGUUCGAGGCUGAGGAGGAGAACAGAGAUCCGGUGACUGGGAUGAUUCCCCUGGACGGCCAGUGGGAUUGGGUGGGCGGGUCUUGGAGUGACGAUUACUCGGAGUUUUACGUUGUCCUGGUCAGCAAGGUUGGAGUGCUGGACGGGACAGGCCGUCAGAAAAUUGUCACCAUGCAGGCGAUAUCGAGCUAG